UUACUUGCAUUUCUUUUCCUGCAAAACUUCUGUGAAAAGCUUUACUGUGUGUUUCUUGCGUGUGAACUGCCGCAGCAUUUGGGGAUUUCUACCGCAGGCUUUCGAAACCCAAAUCAGAGUUUGAGAAAAUGUCAUCAGAAGGAACAAUAAGUAUAGUAGGGAGUGAGGUGAUGCCCUUGGACUACGGGAGCAUGGACUCAGAGAGGGUUGGGGGGGAUAGCAUACCCAUCACUGUAGUAGAAGUAGAGGGUAGAGGAGGGAGAGAUUAUGAUGUGGAUGCAGAGAUAGUGGAGGAGGUGAAGCUGUAUAGAUCUGAACUAAGGACCAGGGAUAGCCUGGGUCACUUAGUGGAAAAUUAUGAGAUCUCUUCUCGAGUGUUAAUUAGGCCAGCUGGGAUAGAGGAGAGAGCGUGUUCUGCUCCUCGGGAUCAUUGGAUGCUUGUAUAUUCCCACUAUCUGAUAGCGGGGUUGAGGUUUCCAAUUCUUGAGUUGCUAGUAGGUUUGUUGUUAGAUUAUAAUAUAGGGUUGACACAAUUAGCCCCCAAUGCUAUGAGGGGAGGUAGUAGGAGGGAUAAGGGGUGGUAUUAUUUCACCCCUAGGGUAGCUAGUAAAGAGAGUAGGGCUUUGUUCACUGCGGGUCCUUCAUCCAUUAAAGGAUGGAAGGAAAAAUUCUUUUUUGUAGAUGAUACGGAGUGGGAGAGGAGGGAUACCGAGGUGAGGGAGUUAGUAUCUUGGAAGGCUAAGAAAGCUAACCAGAAUAAGUUUAGUUUGAAUGAGGAUGAGGAGGAAGAAGUGAGGAAGUUGGUGAGGAAGGGGGGAGAUUUACUGAAUAUUAUGGACCUCACCAGCGCACAAUGCAUAGAAGCUACUGAGCUCUAUGGGCCAAGCGCUUUAAGUGAAGCUGAAAUGGAUCAGUUUUUAAACACUGCUGGAGGAGUGGCUAUCCCCAAGAAGCCAAGGAAGAAGUCAAAGACUUCAACUAAGCAAGUGGAUGAGGGGAGGGCUGGGAAGGAGAUAGUGCUCGCGGCUUCAGCUGAGACAGAGGAGGAGGUGCCGUAGUUGAAGAGGAAGGGUUGGGAGGAGAGGAGGGCACUGCAGAAGAAGAAGAAGGUGGUGGAGGAGGAGGGGAGGGGGAAUGAGGUACCUCGGCUCGUACCUCAGCCUCCUCCUGUUGAGCUGGAUCCCGAGCUCAAACAGUUGGAGGAGGGGGCUUAGGUACGAGCUCCCGGUAAGGGAAAGGGCCUUGUUCCCCCAAUGGCGUUCCAGAGCAGCUUGUUCGAGGUGAAGAACAUGACGGGGGCUAGGUGGUUCAUCA